ACGCUUUGGUUCCGUCGCGCUGUUCAUUCCAAGGAUCGCCUUACCGACUAUCCCCUAGAUCAGUGUUGGUACUUCCUCUUCCCCAUUGGCGGUGGAAGGGUAUUAGCAAGGAAGAGCAGCGAUUUCACCAAUCCACGAACUCCAAUAGGAUACCAUGAUCUCUAUCAACCAAAAGUUUCUUCAAAUAAGAUUUGUAUAUGUGAUGCAGCUGGAAAGCUGAUUUCCGAGACUGGCGCUCGGCUUCGCAGGCAAGCAGUAUCGGCUGCAGCUGCCCCAAGGAGCUCUUUUUCCGGCAAACCAAACGCAAUGGAAUGCACCGAUAUGGUCAUAGGAUCUGUAGUGAAUGGGCGUGGUCGCGUACAAGACUUUUAUUCAACUUCUAAAGCUAGCCCUCGACCGGAUACAGUUUACGGUGGUAAAGACUCUUUGACAGCUGCCUCCGCUUUCAAUGAAGACGGUGUUACUACUGUUGUUUUCCGUAAAAAGCUGAGAGCUGACGACGAGUGGGAUCAUACCAUAAAUGGGCCAAUGACCGUCAUCUGGGCUAAAGGUGCUGACCCGAACAACUAUCAGCAUACCACUGGAGGCGCUCCAAUCCAAGCCGAUCCUAACUUCUUCAACAGCAACUCGUUCAAAUAUCAUGGGCGUAAUCAUCGUGGUGUUCUUACCAUCGAUUUCCAGGAAGAGAGCAAGAAGGAUAAGCUCCACCACGGUCUUCAUGUUGAUACAUCAACCUGCUCAGGAGUAUAUUCCUUCCCAGCGAAUUGUGUGCGCCAUGUGACAGAGGAAGAUGGAAGAAAGCAAUGCAAAUAUGCUAUCACAUGGAUUAGUGAUGGCGAGGUAGCCAGAUUUACCGUGCAGGCUUUGGCAAAACCAUCCGAAUGGACCGCAAUCGGAUUUUCGGCAGAUGGAGCCAUGGCUGGCUCUGAUGUGGUUAUAAUAGGACUAGGAGGAGCACGAGAAAUAACUGUCACCGACCAGUUUAUGCCUGGCUACGGGCGACCGAUCGUUGAUGAGCAACAGGACAUCUUCGACGUUGAGACAUCCUACGAAGAAGGAGUUCUUACCGCGAACUUCUCACGUGAACUCUUUAGCGAAGAUGAACACGACAUUAACCUCCAAAAAUGCGUUUAUCUCUUAUUUACCCCGGCUGGUGGAAAAAUUGAGCCCAACGGUGAGAUGCGCAAACACGGAGAUACCCCGAUAGCCAGCAGGACUAAGGUUUGCCUGAACACCUGCUCCGAAUUGCCAACUAAAAUUUCCACGAAGGCACCAAGUGACAAGAAGACUACCACCAAAGAGUCCACUGAACCAACGACAAGAAAGCCGACAGUUACGCCAAAGACGACAACUGAUGUGCAGAUGCCACCUGUCAUCAAGCCAUCACCUCCAUUUGUUGUGUUCGAACCUACCGAAGCUGUCAAGUCUCGUUAUGGAUUGCGUGUUCGUAUUCUCAACAAGGAUUAUACACCUGCUUUGGCUGAUCCACAGACGGAAUACUAUCAGAGCUUCACUAAGACAGUUACUGCAGCUAUUAAUGAUCUUCUGGCAAAGCGAUGGAAGGGUAUGCAGGUUUCCAAGAUUGUUGGUUACUCAAAGGGAUCUGUCAUCGCUGAAUUCGAGGUGGUGUCAAUUGCUGAUGUUCCUCGUCCUAUCGAAGUGAAGAGCCUCCUUGAAGAAACCGCCAUCCGCGGUAACAUUGGCGAACUUGCGCUAGAACCAAGUACCAUUAAAACUCACGUUAUCGAAGACGAACCAGUCGAGGAAGCCGCUCUUGGCAGAGCUUUUGUGAGAAACGUAGUCAUUAUCGGAGCAGCAGCGCUACUCUUGAUUACUGCUGUUGUCUGCACAUGCUGUCUUCUCUGUCGAAAAAUAUUCUAG